CUGUCAAGUUUAUGAUCGAUCUAAUGUUAAAAUGUAUCAUUUACCGCGCAUAACUCAAAGAUGUUUUUCGACGAGUUGUUUGCAUCACAGGCAAGUUGAAGACAGAAAAUUGAUGUUAAAAUCUGCCCCAGCUUUGGAUCAAGGGACGACAGGUGAACACUCGCUAACUCCUGACACUAUAUCGGAUCAGAAAUUAUAUCCAGGUCCCGAUAGUCAGUCGGAAUUCUUCAACGGUAUUCGUUAUUCCGAUUUGCCAAUUUGCAACAUAAAAGCGACCAAAAAUAAUACUAUUAUUUCCUUUACGAAUGCGAAGUACGUCCCCUUAUUGAUUCGAUCGUGCGGAGUGGAAGGUUUCAAAAAUGCUAAGAAAGGUACCAGCGUAGCAACUCAGGCCACUGCCAUAUCGAUCGGGAAAGCUAUCCUGGAAAGAGGAUUCCGCACGGUUCGUGUAAGAAUUGGUGGCUUGGGUCCUGGUAGGAUAGCAGCUGCCAAAGGAUUGGAAAUGGUAGGAUUGAAAAUCGUCUCGGUUACUGAUAAUACCAAGGUGUCGUGGAAUCCGCCACGGCCUCGGAAAGCUCGUAAGUUAUGAGAGCUUCUGAAACACAUUUUAUUAUAACAAUAAUAUUAUAAUGAAACAAUUUAAUGACUUCAUAAUUGGCACCAAUGCUAAUAGGCUAUGUAACUAUGCAACAUGCUCACACUUUUGAUGCAUUGUGUUAAAUUGUGCAGUCGACAUGCACAUCAAAAUAAAAACACACAACCUAACCUUUGUAGAAAGAAAAUCACUAAAAAAUGCCAAGCUAUGUCGGCCGUGCUUAAAAGUUUGUUUGGUCUAGACUAUCGUAAGCAGUUGUCAUUGGCAAAUGCUCUGU